AUGACACAAAAAAAAAUUUUAUUUUUUGAUUCAAAAUUAUAUGAUGAAAAAACAUUUAAAGAAGCUUUAAAAAUAUUAAAUGGUGAAGAUAAAUUACAUUUAACAUUUCUUCAAAGUAAAUUAAAUGAUGAUACUGUUACAGAAGCUCAAGGUUAUGAUGGAAUUUGUAUUGUUAAUCGAGAUGCUCGAAAUAUAAAUAUUAUUGAAAAAUUACAUAAAUAUUGUCAUUCAGUUAAAAUAAUUGCUUUACGUAGUGCUGGAUAUAGUGGAUCAUCAAUAGAAAUAGCUAAAAAAUAUGGUAUUGAAAUAUGUCGUGUACCAAAUUAUUCACCACAUGCUAUAGCUGAACAUUCACUUGCUUUAUUACUUUCACUUAAUCGUAAUAUGCAUCAUGCAUUUUUUCGAACAAAACAACAUAAUUUUACAUUAGAUGGUCUUGUUGGUAUUGAUGUUUUUGGUAAAACAGUUGGCAUUAUUGGAACAGGUGGUGUAGGAAUGUGUGCUGUUAAUAUAUUUUUAGGUUUUGGUUGUAAAGUUUUAGCUUAUGAUAUACUUCCAAAUGAAGAAAUAGCAAAAGAAAAAGGUUUUAAAUAUGUAACAAUGGAUGAAUUACUUGAAAAAAGUGAUAUUGUUUCUUUGUAUGCACCAUUAAAUAAAUCAACAUAUCAUUUGAUUGAUAAAAAUGCUUUAAAUAAAAUGAAACAAAAUGCUAUGUUAAUUAAUACAAGUCGUGGUCCUUUAGUAGAUGCAAAAGCACUUUUAGAAUGUCUUAAAUCAAAAAAAUUACGAGGUGCAGCUUUAGAUGUUUAUGAAUUUGAAGAAAAAUAUUUUUUCAAUGAUUUUAGUCAAACAGUUAUGAAUGAUGAUACAUUAGCUCGUUUAAUAUCAAUGCCAAAUACAAUAGUUACAUCUCAUCAAGCAUUUCUUACUGAAGAAGCAUUAAAAACAAUUGCUGAAUCAAUUAUUCAAAAUUUACUCGAUUUUUUUUAUGGAAAAAAAGAAAAAAUCUAA